AAUGCCUGGCAACUUGGUGGUCCACGUACCUCGUCACUUGCGUUUGGCCAGCUUAUCCUUGUUACUUCUUACAGCUAUAAUCUCACCAAAUUGGAGAGAUGGGCUUCCAGAACCAGCUCUUCAUCUUUUGUACCUUGUUACUAGGGUUUCUAAAGUUGGCAGAUGGCAAAACGAGGCACUACACCUUCAAUAUCGACUCCCACAACAUGACGAGGCUGUGCCACACGAGAAGUGUGUUGAGCGUGAACAAGCAGGUUCCGGGGCCGCCGCUCGUGGCGAGGGAAGGCGACCGGGUCCUCAUCAAGGUGAAGAACCAUGUCGCCAACAACGUCACGAUUCACUGGCACGGGGUUCGGCAACUAGGGACGGGAUGGGCGGACGGACCGGCUUACGUAACCCAGUGUCCCAUACAGACCAACCAGAGCUUCACCUACAACUUCACCCUCACUGGCCAGAGAGGAACACUGCUGUGGCACGCGCACAUCUCGUGGCUAAGAUCAAGCAUCUACGGCCCCAUCAUCAUCCUCCCCAGGCGGAACGAGUCCUACCCGUUCGAGAAACCCUACAAGGAAGUCCCUAUAAUGUUCGGAGAGUGGUUUAAUGCUGACCCAGAAGCGGUCAUCGCCGAAGCUCUUCAGACCGGAGGAGGCCCCAAUGUCUCCGAUGCCUACACCAUCAAUGGCCUUCCAGGACCCUUGUACAAUUGCUCCUCUAAAGAUACGUUCAAGUUGAAGGUGAAACCUGGGAAGACAUACCUCCUCCGGCUGAUCAACGCUGCACUCAACGACGAGCUCUUCUUCAGCAUAGCCAACCACACCGUCACCGUCGUCGAGGCUGACGCCGUGUACGUCAAGCCCUUUUCCACGGACAGCCUGCUCAUAACCCCGGGCCAAACCAUGAACGUCCUCCUCAAGACCAAACCCGACUUUCCCAACUCCACCUUCCUCAUGGAAGCGUGGCCCUAUUUCACCGGCCUGGGCACUUUCGACAAUUCCACCGUCGCCGGAAUCCUUGAGUACCAACGCCCGACGAGCUCUAAUUACCCGUCACUCAAGAAGCUCCCCCCAUAUAAACCAACUCUCCCUCUCAUGAACAGCACCGCUUUCGUCACCAACUUCACACGACAAUUGCGUAGCUUGGCCAACGCUAAGUUUCCCGCCAACGUUCCACAAAAGGUCGACAGAAAAUUCUACUUCACUGUUGGCCUCGGGACUAUGCCGUGCCCGAAAAACACGACGUGUCAAGGACCAAAUGGCACGAAAUUCGCCGCAUCGAUCAACAACAUGUCAUUUGUAUUGCCGUCCAUCGCUCUCCUGCAGGCUCACUUCUCCGGCCAGUCCAAUGGCGUGUACACCACGGAUUUCCCUGCCAACCCGCCCGUGCAGUUCAACUACACGGGGACGCCGCCGAACAAUACCAUGGUGACCAACGCCACGAAGACGGUGCAGUUGGCAUACAACACGAGUGUAGAGGUAGUGUUGCAGGACACGACCAUCCUCGGCGCGGAGAGCCACUCACUUCAUCUGCACGGGUUCAACUUCUUCAUUGUCGGGCAAGGGUUCGGGAACUACGACUCGAAUAAAGACCCGGCCAAAUUCAAUUUGGUGGAUCCGGUCGAGAGGAACACGUUCGGUGUUCCGGCGGGAGGAUGGGCGGCCAUUCGUUUCCUAGCAGACAACCCAGGGGUAUGGUUCAUGCACUGUCAUUUGGACGUGCACACAAGCUGGGGUCUGAGGAUGGCAUGGGUAGUCCUCGACGGACCGCAGCCCAAUCAGAAGUUACCGCCGCCGCCGUCCGAUCUUCCGAAAUGCUGACUUUGGCCGCGACCCGGGAUGAUGAGCCACUGCAAAAAUGAAAAUUUUCUUCGCCGAGUGUUCUUUCUUUCUUUCUUUUUUGGUCAUCAUGUAUCGUUUGUUAACUUAAUUCUUUCGCGUCAUUCUUGAUAUGACCCUGCCUUUUCCUUCAAUGUUGGUUGAGAAAGAGAGUAUGACAGCUCAAAAGCGAACUUGAAAGCGGUCGAUUAUGUGAAUAAUCUCUUUGAUCAAUCUUAAUCCUCAACCACCAAAUGUGGUUUUGUCUUGA